UGCAGUAGUUUAUGUGUCACUAACUAAUUGGACCACAAGCCGACCCGGUGACGCUCCCCACCGCAGCAAGCGCUCGCCUCUCCUCUCUGCUUCAGCCAUGGGUUCUUCUUCUGGGAGAUGGAUCGUCUGGACCCUGUGUGUGUGUUUCACUGCUCUGCAAAACGCUGCGCUGAGGGUGACCAUGAUGGAAUCCAGCCUGGAGGUGGUUCAAGGGGACGUGGUCGUCCUGCCCUGCUCCUUCUUCACCUCCAGCCCGCUCUCCAGACUCAACGUCAUCUGGACUCUGGCUCCCUCGUCCAGUCCCCAAAGCCCGAUACAGGUGAUCGUGUACGACCACGGACAGGUGAUCGAAGCGCCCUCAUUCACUGGCCGGGUGGGUUUUACAGGUAUUCCCUGGAGUGCAGAUAUUGCCCUGAACGACACGCGCGUCCCGGAUGCAGGUACUUACCGCUGUAUGGUCACUAACCCGCCAGAGGCAGCAGAUCCCGGCAUCGGGGAGCUGGAGCUCAGUGUUCUGGCGCCGCCGUCGCUGCCCGAGUGCCAGUGGGAUGGAGACAUCGGCACGGGAGGAAGUGUCACGCUGUCCUGCUCGGUGGAGGACGGUGUCCCCAGGCCAGAAAUCCGCUGGGACAAAGUGAAUCCAGGAGGAAUCGCACUUCCCAUCAACAUAGAAGGAGAUCUGUCCGGCUCCGUCCAGAUCGUCAACGUGUCCUCCGAGACGUCGGGCCUGUACCGCUGCUCGGCCAACAACGUCCUGGGGACGGAGAACUGCUACGUCAACGUGUCCGUGCACGCGCCCCCGGACAGGUCCUCGGGGCUCCUGCAGGCCGUGCUGAUCGCCUUGUCCAUGAGCUCCGUGCUGGCGGCGCUUCUGGCGCUCGUGCUGUGGCUUCACCGCACGGGACAGGACGGGAGGGGGGAGGAGGAGGAGGAGCAGGAGGAAGAGGAAGAGUGUUACAAUGAGAUACGAUAUACUCCGUCACUGAUGAAGCGUUCGUUUGUUUGACAAAAAAAAAAAGAUGCUCUGAAACAAAAUAUUGUUUCAUGGAGGUAAUUGAUUUUUGUCCUUUGAUUUUUCAUGCCUCUGUACAAUAUCAGACGUUUUGAAAUAAAUUCGCCUGUGUUUCCAGUA